GCAUUAUCUGAUUCUACCGUUCCACAAGCUACCAAUGUUCCCACCUGCACCACCAGACACUCAAGUUUUCGUUACCAAAAAUGGGCACCGAAAAGACCUACGACGUAAUAAUCGCAGGCGCCGGCCCCGUAGGCCUCUUCCUUGCCUGCGAGCUGGGCCUACAAGCCACCCAGGACGACCCGGAGGAUGUAUCCGUGCUGGUCCUCGAGCGGGACGCGCUCGAGCCCACCGCGGAGAAGCUGGCCUGGACCACUGCCCCCCUGGGCGUGCGUGGGCUCAACACCGCGUCGGCCGAGAUCUUCCACAGGCGCGGCUUGACGGAUGGUGUCUUCGGGCCGAAGGCCGCCGAGAAGCGGGUGGCGUCCGUUGUUGAGCUGCAAGAGAAGACCAAGGGGGGGUUCGCGUUCGGAGGCCACUUCGCCGGGAUGAUGCUCGACCUGAACAAGAUCGACACGGGCAGUGACUGCUUCAAGUACAAGCUGCCCGGGCCGUCCGCCCUGGGCGGGCCCACGACCCUGGACCGGGUGACCAGAGCCCUGCGGGAGCGGCUCAAGGGAAGCAAGGGGGUAGAACUGCUGGGGGGAGCAGAGGUGGUAGGGCUGUCCGACAACCACCACGACGACGACGGCGGUGGCGUGGCGGUGCGCACGUCCGACGGCAAGGAAUACCGCGGCAGGUUCGUCGUAGGCUGCGACGGAGGCCACAGUGCGGUCCGGAAGGCCGCCGGGUUCGACUUCGCGGGCACCGACGCAGAGCUGGUGGGCUACUCGGCGCUCUGCGAGUUCGACGACCCGCAGGGCAGGGUCAAGGACGGCUUCUGGCGCACCAGAGGGGGCAUCUUCAUCGCGGGCAGCCAGAGGGGCGACAAGGAGGGACAGACGCACUUCAUCUGCAUGGACAACGAUGCCGCCUCCCUGAAAGCCCUGGACCGCUCGAGACCAGUCACGAGGGAGCACCUCGAGGCCGUCGCGCGGCGCGUGGUCGGGCACGGCGACCUCGGCAUCAAGGAGGUCCACAGGGCGUCGUCCUGGACCGACCGCAGCACGCAGGCCACCACGUACCGCCGCGGCCGCGUGCUCCUCGCCGGCGACAGCGCCCACAUCCACUCCCCGCUGGGGGCGCAGGGGCUCAACGCGGGCAUCGGCGACGCCGCGAACCUGGGGUGGAAGCUGGGCCGGGUCGCCAGGGGCCGCGCGCCGGCGGGGUUCCUCGACACGUACACGCGGGAGCGCCACCCCGUCGGCGCCGGCGUGCUCGAGUGGUCGCGCGCCCAGGUCGCCACGCUGCGCCCGGACGCGUCGAGCCGGGCGCUGGCGGGCCUGGUGCGGGACCUGGCCGGCACGCCUGGCGGCACGACGUACUUCAUGGACCGGAUCUGGGGCCUCUCUCACCGCUAUGACAUGAGCGGGGGCGGGCACAUGCAGGGACAGGGUCAGCACCCGAUGGCUGGGUUCAGCGCCCCUGACUUUGAGCUGGGGCUGGCCGGCGGGACUCGCCGUCUGGGAGAGCUCAUGCGCUCCGGGCGUGGCCUGCUUGUUGACCUCGGACAUGAGGACGUGAACGGGCCCGAACUUGCAAACCUUGCCCAGGAUGAGGCGUGGUUCCCCAGGAUCGACUAUAUCGGCGCAAGUGCCAAGGAUGAUUUGGGCAUCCGCGCCUUGCUGGUGCGCCCUGAUGGCGUCGUUGCUUGGGCGGCCGGGAAGAACGCGCUUGAGUUAGAUGAAGCGAAGAAGGCGUUGUCACGUUGGUUUGGGACUGGCAUGUGA